AUGAGCAAUGAUGCUGAAUGUGUGGAGCAUCAACAUAUGCAUUCUGACUGCACACAUAAGCUGCAAACCCUGGUUUGUGAGCAGAACCUUAACGAGCUGGUUCUUGAGUAUCUGGACUGCGAAGGGAUGGGGGAUGUGGCUGUUGAGUUUGCAAACGACGUGGGCAUUUCGUUUGCCAAGUCGUCGUCGCUAUCCCAGCGAACAGAGAUACGAAACGAAAUUGAGUCUGGAGACAUUGACACUGCGAUUUCAAGAAUAAACGACAUAAAUCCGGAGAUAAUAGACAGAAACACGAAUAUGUACUAUUUUUUGAUGGAGCACAAAGCAUGCGAGCUUUCCGUGCAGAUUAAGAAUGCAUGUGUAGCCGAUGCCACCAAUGAUGCAGUGCCUCUUCUUGAAGAGGUUAUUGAAUUCAUCCGUUCUGAGCUGUAUGACUUAGCAAUUGGCGAUCUAUGCCUGAUGGCACACCUAGAGGACCUACUUGAGUUCGUCAUUUUUGAUAGUGAAGAGAGCGGGAUAUCAAAGAGAAGAAAGAAGCUAGCUGCAUAUGUAAACCGACAGAUCCUUGAAAUCCACGGGGCUGAGGAGAGCAAGCUAAGAAGCAUGCUGGCCGUGAUGGUUUCUGCAGAAAAGUCCCUGACGGAAACACACAAAUUCCCGACAUUUGCUCAGUACUUCACAUAG